CAUCCCCUCCCCCACAAUUUGAGAAAGUAUUAGCCAACAAGCUGCGAUUUUCUGUUCUUAAACUCAUGGUGGUAAUUUUAUCAUUUUGUUUUAAAUUAUUGUGAUUCCCCCCUCUUUCCGGGAGGAGCCGGACCAGCAGCAGGGAAGGCCCCAUGUCUCUUUGAGGGUGCGAGUGUGAGGUAGUCUGCCUCUGUCUCGGAGUCUGAGCAGGUGGUGAAUAAGAAGUGGAUUUAACUGCACAAAUUAUUUUGUCAUGUCAAGAAUCUGAUGAAGAUGGCCUUUAUGAAAGUGCCUGUUGUUGAUGUCCACAUUGAUAAUUUUAAAGAGAUAUGGCCUUCUAUGCUCCUUGCAGUAAGGACAGCAAGUUUCAUAGCCCUUGAUACUGAACUGAGCGGACUUGGCACACGAAAAGCUUUGUUGGCACAGUCAAUAGAAGACCGGUACAAAGCAAUAUGCAAUGCUGCCAGAACGCGUGCUGUUCUCUCUCUCGGGAUAGCAAGUUUCAAAGAGCUAUCAAACAAACCAGGUAGUACCUACUUGACUCAAGUGUACAACCUUACCCUCCUCUGCAUGGACGAAUAUAUAGUUGAACCACAGUCUGUUCAGUUCUUGGUCCAACAUGGCUUUGACUUCAAUAAACAGUACUCUAAAGGAAUUCCAUACCACAAAGGAAAUGACAAGCCUCAUGAAUGUCGCGGUCAGAAUAUGAGAGGUCUGUUCCUAGAAAUCAUACAGUCAAAAAGGCCUUUAAUUCUUCACAACGGGCUGAUUGACCUGGUAUUCCUGUACCAGUGUUUUUAUGCCAACUUGCCAGAUCAACUUAUGACCUUCACAGCUGAUAUAUCUGAGAUGUUUCCAGCUGGGGUUUAUGAUACCAAAUAUACUUCAGAAGUUGAGACUCGCUUUGUAUCAUCGUACUUGGAAUAUGCCUACAAGAAAUGCAGAAGGGAAAACAACAGGUUAAUUGAUGCUAGCAACAGUCAUCUUUCCAUUGAGUUCUGCAACUAUCAACAGGCAUUUACAGGUUAUAUUGACUACCGGUGCUGCAACCUUCCAGAGGCUGACAGAAAGGUUACUGAAGAGGAAACAACAGGAAUAUGUGAACAAUUUUCAGCUUAUGGAUGGUGUCCAAACGGAAUGAAAUGCUCCCUGUCACACAACACUGACCUCAUUAUUGAAGAAGAUGAACGCCACAAUGACAAAAGAAAGAAGAAAAAGGUCAGGAGAAAACGGAAACACAAUACAUUGGAAUUGACCGACAACCCUACUAACUGCACGAUUGCAGAUAAUGUGCCUCCAACAGAUAUGCCACCAUCUAAGUUACUGUGUGAGAACACAAGCAUGGAACAAGAAAGAAUGGACAUUGGAGAAUUAAAGCAGGAAAAGUCUGUAAGUGAUGUACAACUCCCAGAAACUAUGUUUGACAAGGAGGAAAGUAAAGAUAAUCGCUGUGGUGUAGUGGAAACAGAGGGAGAAUUUUUAAGCAACAAUAAAAAGGAAAACCAGUCAGAGGAUCAAAAGUGUACAGCACCCAAAUUAGUGGAAAAGAACAAAAUUGAAAAAUGUGAAGGCGGUACCCACCGUGCAGGAUUUGAUGCUUUCAUGACUGGAUUCAUAAUGGCUUACAUUUUGAUGUGGAAGAAUAGUGAAAGUGAUAGCACAAAGAUGGACCCAUGGCUCCCUGACUGUCUCAAUAAACUUUACCUGAGUGGGAAGACCCUUCCCUUACAGAUUUGUAAAAGUUCAUUUUCAAAAUCUUCUAAAGUUCACCAGGCUAAGAUUGAAUUGCUUUGGGGAAACAGUAAGGUCUGAAACUGUUUUUUAAAACUGGCUGUGGUUAUGAGUUCAGAAAAAUAAGUGUACAAUCCAAAUGUUCCUUGUAAAAUGUGUUCAGGAAAGUGUAGUAAAAUUGUAAUUUUUUUUUCCCCUGAAGACUACAAUUAAACAUGUAUAGUCUUUCUAUUGCAGGAAUGUCAACCUUUACUUGAUUAAAUUUGCUGCUUUUCAUUGCUAUUAAAAUAGCAGUGUUAUUUGCCAACAUCAAAAUGGUUGAGGAUGGUUAUGGUACUGCACUGCAUAACUUGAGCUGAUAUUUGAGGUCAGGAUUGACCAGCUUCUCCAUUUUGGUACCUUUUAAUUCAGUGUAGACAAGAUCAAAAGAUCAAGAUACUAUUGUGUUAUUUCAUAACUUGCAGAUAACUAGAAAAAGUACAUAAUAUGAUCAAGCUAGUUGUGGACAAUGGAAUGUUUGUUUGAAUUGCCAUGCAAAGUUGCUUACUCCAUGUCAAGGGGGCCUCUCUUCAGCAUUCAGCUGCAGUGAUAUUGACAUUGAAGUUUGCACACAAAUCAAGGAAGUGAUUUAGCAUCACUUUAUUGAACUGUUAAUGUA